AUGGCCCUCCAAGUCAUCACACGCGAUAUUGCCUAUCUCGAGGAAAAAGAAAAAAUCAAGGAUUUUCUUUCCAAGUACGAGGGGACUAGCGAGAAGGAUGUCACCCGUGGUUUCGAUGAGCUUGACUUGAAUGAGGAAGAAAACGACGGCGGGGCCGCCCCUGAGGGCAUACUGAGGAUGAAGUACGGCAAGCAGUUGCUUCGUAUCGCCAACAGACAACAGAACACACUCACUAUCGAGUUGGAGGAUAUCUUGGAGUAUGAACGAACUGGCUCUGAGUUGGUCGCCCGAAUCAAAGGCAAUGUCCGACGGUAUAAACAAAUCUUUUGCGAGGCUGUAGACGAACUUAUGCCCGAGCCUACACGGGAUAUUUCCUACCUCGACGAUGUGUUGGAUACCAUUAUGCAUCAGAGGGCCCAGAUAAAUGCUGAGAACGAGGAGGCAGGACAAGUUGGGUUCCCUGCGCAAUUAUUGAGACGAUAUGACUUGUACUUCCAACCCCUCUCGUCAGAUGCAGCCCUUGCCGUGCGUGAAGUUCGAGGAAAACAUCUUGGACAGUUGAUAACUGUCCGAGGCAUCGUCACACGUAUCAGUGAAGUUAAGCCUCUGCUUCUUGUCAAUGCGUACACGUGCGACAAGUGCGGCUCCGAAAUCUUCCAAGACAUUUCUCAAAAACAAUUUACUCCACUUACUGACUGCCCAUCCGAUCGAUGUGCCAAGGAUGGAGCAGGGAAAGGAGCCCUGCAUAUGCAAACUCGUGCCAGUCGUUUCAGCGCGUUCCAAGAAGCCAGGGUGCAAGAAAUGGCGGAUCAAGUGCCAGUAGGACAUAUCCCACGAUCAAUGGUUGUUCAUCUCUACGGAGGAAGGACGCGAGAGCUUUCUCCUGGAGAUGUUGUCCAUAUUGGAGGCGCGUUUUUGCCGACCCCCUACACAGGAUACCAAGCCAUUCGCGCUGGGUUGCUUACCGACACGUACCUUGAAUCCCAUUCAAUCCACCAGCUCAGGAAGCAAUACGAUGAAAUGGAGCUCACCCCCGAGAUUCAAAUGGACAUUGAACGUCUGAAACGCGACCGUAACUUGUACUCUAAACUAGCCGCGUCGAUUGCUCCUGAAAUCUACGGACAUGAAGACGUCAAGAAGGCCUUGCUUUUGCUCUUGAUUGGAGGUGUGACGAAGAAUAUGGGCGAUGGGAUGAAGAUUCGUGGAGAUAUCAAUGUCUGUUUGAUGGGUGAUCCCGGUGUGGCCAAGUCCCAGCUCUUGAAAUACAUUUCAAAGGUGGCUCCCCGUGGUGUGUAUACGACGGGUAAGGGAAGUUCGGGUGUUGGUUUGACGGCUGCUGUAAUGAGGGACCCUGUCACAGAUGAGAUGGUCCUUGAGGGCGGCGCACUCGUCUUGGCAGACAACGGCAUCUGCUGUAUUGAUGAGUUUGACAAGAUGGAAGAAUCCGACCGAACUGCCAUUCACGAAGUAAUGGAACAGCAAACCAUUUCUAUUUCCAAAGCUGGAAUCACCACUACGCUCAACGCACGCACCUCCAUCCUCGCCGCCGCUAAUCCCCUCUAUGGCCGCUACAACCCCAAAGUCUCGCCCGUGGAGAACAUCAACUUGCCUGCAGCGCUGUUAUCUAGGUUCGAUGUCAUGUUCUUGAUUUUGGACAAGCCAACCAGGGACGAUGAUGAGCGACUCGCGCAACAUGUUGCAUAUGUGCAUAUGCACGGAAGGCACCCCGAGUUGGACUUUACGCCCGUCGAGCCCACUCUUAUGAGACAUUUCAUUGCUCAAGCUCGUCUCCGCCGUCCCAUCGUUCCUCCCGGCGUAUCAGACUACAUUGUUCAAUCCUACGUUCGCCUACGAAAGGAGCAUAAAGAGCAAGAGGAAGAGAACAAGAGCCAUUCGUACACCUCUGCGCGUACACUCCUUGCUGUCUUGCGUCUGUCGCAAGCAUUGGCCCGUUUGAGGUUCAAUGACACGGUAGAGACGGAGGAUGUCGAUGAGGCUCUACGGCUUAUGGAGGCCAGCAAGGAGAGUCUGGAAGAGAGGACCGAGGAGGGAGGAGAGGGUGAUCGCACAGUAGUUUCUCGCAUCUUCAGGUUGAUGAAGGGUAUGGCUUCCGUUUCUCGCCCCAGGACCAGAAGGAUGGGUCGUGGACCGGGUGGCGAGAAGGAUAUGGACAUGGACGAAGAGGAUGGCGAAGGAGAGAUGAUGCAAGUUUCGAUGGUCGAUUUACGUUCAAGAGUCUUGGCCAAGGGAUUCACGGAGACCCAGUUGAUGGACACUAUUCAACAAUACGAAAGCAUCAACAUUAUUACACGCUCUGCAAACGGACAAUUCGUUCGCUUCGUGGAUGCCGACGAAGACUAA